GACACCUUUCUGUACUUGCUCCUGGCAGACUUUCAACCAACGACGCAACCAAUUACUGUAUAGAAGUUACUAUACUCUUCAGGAUCGAUGAAAAGAUUGCGGAUGAUUAAUCGAGAAAAAAAAAACAAUCCACCUUUUCGCCCUGUAUCCAUACGGUGAUAGAUAGAAGCACGAUGGGGUCGACUUCGAUUGAGCAUGAGGAAUUUUGCUCUGAAGGAACACCAGGCGAAGGUGAAAAAGGAAAUUUGGCGGUGCCAAAAUCUCCAUUCAUCACAACAUCAGAUAUCAUCAACCGACUAAAUAGUCAGCUUUCGGAAUUGUCGACGUUCGCCAACGAGACGGAUCUGGCCUCUUCACAGCAGCAGCAACCACGCUUUGAAUUGCAAAAGCGACUCCCCGACGGAUCCGCAAUUCCUGCGACACAAGAUGAGACGGAUGCUGCAAAUUUCAAGACCAAACUCGACCAAUCUGCAAAAUUUGUCUCGCAGCUGGAAUCUCCUGCCGACCGGCAGUACUGGGCGGAGCAACAGCGGUUGAUAGGAAAUGGAUUUUUUCAGCAAGGCGAUUACAAGGCUGCGAUGGAUAUUUACCUAACGUGCCUAGUAGUGAAAGAGAAUACGUCAGGUUUUUUGCGAGACACGUUGCUUCCCGUUCUGAACAAUCUUGCUCAAUGUACUUUGCAACUUGGAAUGUAUGCGAAGACAAUUUUGUUUUGCGAAAUGGCUUUGGAAGAAGUUUCGAAGGCGAAGCAACAGGGUUGGGUAGAAGGAAUUGAUGCGAAGGAGAAACAGCAAAACGAACAAGAAGUACCUGCUGGUGAAAAAUCAACAACUGCGAGACGGGAUUUGGAAGACGCCAUAGUGCUAUGCAAGAUAUACUUUAAGCGGGGCAAGGCACUGCGGUUGAAGGGACACUAUAAAGAAGCACGGGAAGCAAUAAAUUGUUCUCUCGAUUGCCUAGCAGGAAAGGACGGUAAGCCCUCUGCUUCUUCUUUCUCGGCCACCGACGGCGAUGCCAUAGGUAACGUCGAUAGUUCAAUUUCUCUGACACCAUACCGGAAAGCAAUUAAGAAAGAAUUUCGAUUUCUUGAUAUUGCUGAAAAAGAAGGCAAGAGAAACCGUGAUCGAGAAAAGCGUGCUAUGCAAACUGUUUUGUCGCUAUCGCCAACAACGUCACUAGAAUUAGAUCCAUCGACGUCGCAAGGGAAGAGCAGAAAAAGAUCGGCACCACAACCGCUCUAUCAAAAGUCUUCGGAACCUAGGCAAUUUUCUCGACUUCGAGCUCGGAAGUCACCUUCCACUUUUAAGCAGCAAGAUGACCCAAAUGUGCUCGUUGGUGACGACUCCCCAAUGGCGUACUAUAGCCGGUAUUAUUGGUCUAUGGUCGCUCGUGUUGCAAAGGCGUUGUUGGUUAUGUUGGGAGAUGGAGAUGAUGCUAAUGGUAUGGAAACUUCGAAUAGCGCUACCAAGCAAGCUAAUACAAGGAAGAAGGGAAUGUAAACUAUAGGACAGAAAAAUGAAUUCAUUCGAUACGUUGAGGAACGAACAACUGGGUGKAAUUUUGUAAUUUCUACGAUGAUUUAUUCUUUUCAAUAUAAAUGUUCAAACAAU